CCUCCUUUUGCAGCGGCCGCUGCCAUCUUCACCGGGGCGGAAGAGCCAAGUACGCGAGUUUCGUCUUGACAGCGCCUUCGGGCCCGAGCUGUGUUGUGUCAGGCCGUUCCCUGGCGUGACACAGAUUUGAAGAAGGGAAAUGGAUGGCGGAACCCCAAAACCAACGGUAAAUGGCUUCACCAUGAAAUCACAACUUCAGGUUACAGUCAUAUCUGCUAAACUGAAAGACAGCAGAAAGAACUGGUUCGGCCCAAGCCCGUACGUGGAAGUGUCAGUCAAUGGACAAUCAAAGAAAACUGAAACCCGGAACAACACGCACAGUCCCAAAUGGAAGCAGCACCUCACUGUCAUUGUUACCCCAUUCAGUGUGUUAAAUUUCCGCGUAUGGAGCCAUCAGACUUUAAAAUCAGAUGCCCUCCUUGGCACCGCAUCGCUGAAUCUGCAGGAAACCCUACUUGCUAAUAACAUGAAACUGGAGGAAGUGAUUGUGAACUUACAGCUGCAAGGAGACAGAGAGACAGUGGGUGACUUAUCAGUGUGCUUGAAUGGGUUGCAGGUAGAUCCAGAGCUCUUGGCUAAUGGAGAUGCUACUUGUGUGCCAGCUUCCACUGAUAACUCAAGAGUACAGAUUGAUGCUGCGGCUGCCAGCACUGAUGGCACAGAUGGCGCCAGUCCAAGUGAAGAUCGCAGAUCCAAUGGCACCAAUUCACCAUCCUUGUCCAAUGGAGGUUUUAAACCCAGCAGGCCACCCAGACCAUCGCGGCCACCACCACCUACCCCUCAGAGAACUUCUAUCUCAGCCCCUCCUAAUAAUGCCCUCUUCAGUAAUUCAGAAACCACUGCAAACCUGGCAGGCAGCGGUCCUCCUCCUGAUAUAGAUGCGACGCCCGGCAUCCCUCCUGUUUCCACACAGGUUCUUCCUGUGAACGUGGAUAGCCAGAGAAUCGGCAAUGUCGCCCAAGGAGCCCUUCCUCCCGGUUGGGAGCAGCGAGUGGAUCAACAGGGACGUGUGUAUUUUGUGGAUCAUGUGGCAAAAAGGACGACCUGGGACAGACCAGAGCCUCUCCCCCCUGGGUGGGAGCGUCGUGUAGAUAACAUGGCGCGAAUCUACUAUGUAGAUCACAUAACACGGACUACUACAUGGCAGAGGCCCACCAUUGAAUCUGUACGUAACUACGAGCAGUGGCAGCUUCAGCGUAACCAGCUGCAAGGGGCAAUGCAGCAGCAGUUCAACCAGAGGUUCAUCUAUGGGAACCAAGAUUAUAGUCAAAAUAAAGAGUAUGAUCCCCUGGGGCCCUUACCUGCUGGAUGGGAAAAGCGGACAGAUGGGAAUGGCAGGGUGUAUUUUGUGAAUCACGCUACACGGACAACUCAAUGGGAGGAUCCAAGAAAUCAGGGGCAACUGAAUGAAAAACCACUGCCAGAGGGCUGGGAGAUGAGAUUCACUGUGGAUGGCGUUCCAUAUUUUGUAGAUCACAAUAGAAGAACCACUACGUAUAUUGAUCCUCGGACUGGAAAAUCUGCCUUAGAUAAUGGACCCCAGAUCGCCUAUGUGAGGGAUUUCAAAGCCAAGGUGCAGUACUUCAGGUUCUGGUGUCAGCAACUCUUCAUGCCGCAGCACAUCAAGAUCACAGUCAAUAGGAAAAGUUUGUUUGAGGAUUCCUUUCAGCAGAUCAUGAGCUUUAACCCACAAGAUCUGAGGAGAAGACUUUGGAUUAUCAUCCCCGGAGAGGAGGGGCUCGAUUAUGGAGGAGUUGCAAGGGAGUGGUUUUUCCUCCUGUCCCAUGAAGUCCUUAACCCCAUGUAUUGCCUGUUUGAGUAUGCCGGAAAAGAUAACUACUGCUUGCAAAUUAACCCUGCCUCCUAUAUCAACCCCGACCAUCUGCGCUACUUCCGCUUUAUUGGCAGGUUCAUUGCCAUGGCAUUAUUUCAUGGCAAAUUUAUAGACACUGGUUUCUCCUUGCCAUUCUACAAACGCAUAUUAAAUAAGCCAGUGGGGCUGAAGGACUUGGAAUCUGUGGAUCCUGAGUUUUACAAUUCUCUCAUCUGGAUCAAAGAAAACAACAUAGAAGAGUGCGGCUUGGAAAUGUAUUUUUCAGUGGAUAAGGAACUGCUUGGGGAAGUUAAAAGCCAUGACCUAAAACCAGAUGGGAGCGAUAUCCAGGUGACCGAGGAAAACAAAGAGGAAUACAUCAGGCUUGUCGCAGAGUGGAGAUUAUCUCGAGGAGUGGAGGGGCAGACGCAGGCAUUUUUUGAGGGUUUUAAUGAAAUUCUACCCCAGCAGUAUUUGCAGUAUUUUGAUGCCAAAGAAUUGGAAGUUCUCCUAUGUGGGAUGCAGGAAAUUGAUUUGAACGAUUGGCAGCGAAACGCAAUCUACCGGCACUACACAAGAACCAGCAAGCAAAUAGUGUGGUUCUGGCAGUUUGCUAAAGAAAUUGACAAUGAGAAGCGCAUGAGACUUCUUCAGUUUGUCACUGGGACUUGCAGAUUACCAGUUGGAGGCUUUGCAGAUUUGAUGGGGAGCAAUGGUCCUCAGAAAUUCUGCAUUGAGAAGGUGGGGAAAGAAAACUGGCUACCUAGAAGUCACACAUGCUUUAACCGUUUGGAUCUUCCACCUUAUAAAAGCUUUGAACAACUUAAGGAAAAAUUGCUCUUUGCAAUAGAAGAAACAGAAGGAUUUGGUCAAGAGUGAGAAGCCCCUGACAUAUCCUCCUGGCACAAUGAGAGUGUGUAUACUGCUGAUCCCCUCCCUGGCCUCCUCCAUUCUCCAAUUAGUUCUUUUUCCUCAAGGAUCCAGUCUUCAGUGACGGCAUAUGGUCUCGCGACAUCUUCCAGACUGUUUUACGUCCUUCUCAGCCGGACCGUUUUCUGCACACCUCUAUCUGUGAUCGGUCACCUGGAGAUACAUGGCUCUCUGUAAAUGUAGCUGAGGCUUUGGUUUUAUUACAGUCUUCCAGGGAUGUGACACUAUGCGUCCCAUGUGGGGAUAACAUUCACAGAGUUCUGUCCACUUUACCCGAGUUCUGCCGCAGGACACCCACAGCCCAUUGAGCUGUAUAUAGCCAUAUUUAUUAUGCACUACGGGAGGGUGUCCUGCGGAGAAACGCUCAAGAGGAAAGUUACCUCUCCUGCUUUCUAAUGAAAGCAAUACCCCGAGGUCUACUCGAAUUAGGGGGUGUUGUUUUUACACCUGUAGAAAGCGGGACUUUGUCUACUUGAUCAUGUCACCUCAGAGCUUGCACAGCGUGGCCUCCAGUCACUGGUUAUUUCGGGAAGCAGACUUUUAAUAGGCAUCUCAUCCCCCAUUAGUUUAUUACUGUAUGGAUUGUCUGCGGUCCUUGUACAGAACAUAAAAGCACUGUAACUUUCAUACAGAUCAUUUUACGUUUGUUCGACAGAUAUCACGUAAACGCGCAUGCUUUCUAUUUCAUAGAGGACCAUUUUAUAGGCGACUGGAGAUUUAGAGCAAACGUCUGAAGAAUCAAGUCUUAAGCUCUUAGAUCUGUCUGUACUCCAUGUGUAUUUUGUACUCUUACUUGAGGCUGAUAACCUGCUUUAUGUGUCUGACAACUGAGCAUGAACCUCACUUGUGUGAUGUCGGUGAAUGUGGUCCAAACCAGGCCUUCUUUAGAACUGCAGGAUCUUAUGGUUCCUAGCCUACAACUGUGUCUGGACUGUCGAGAAAAUAUAUAGCAAGAUGAUGAUGAUGUGACUGACAGCUGAUUAACGAGGUGAUUAUACCACUUGUCCGUGGCGUAAAGGUCACCUGUCACCGGGAAAUUCACUGAUGAACCAGGCACAAUGCCUUGUAGAGCUAGAUAUGCUGAAUGUGAUCAUACCUUUCACUUAGUGAUCCGAUGCGUCGUUCUGGAGGGAAAAAGUGCACCAAGGGGGAGCUCAAGUCACUCUGUGCACCCUUGCUCCUCCUGCUUCCUCUGCCGGCCCCUCCCUCUCCUUCCUGAUUGACAGUAAAGGCUGGAACAGGAAGCAAGGGUGCACAGAGUGACUUGGGAGGCCUUCCUCACAGCACUUA